AUGACACAAGAAAGUCAAGCUAGUAUUGCUGAUACAUACAAGCAGUUAAAUGAAGCAGAAAAACAAGCUGCUAAUUUAGAAAAAAUGUUGGAUAAUUUCGAACUGAAACUCGAAUCAAUCCUUAAAGAAGCCCAAGCUAUCAGCCAGGAAGAGCUCAAGCAGGUGGAAGAGCCUAAGCAAGAAGAGCCUAAGCAAGAAGAGCCUAAGCAAGAAGAGCAGAAGCAAGAAGAACCUACAGGAGAUACGCAAUCCAGUCAUUAA